AUGGCUGGAAAAGGUUUGUUUACGUUCAACAUACGAGCAUUUAAAUGGCUCGCGAAUGUUCACAUUAACGAAAAAAUGGGAAUUUUCUCAAAAUCGUUUGUUCUUGUGUCGUUACUAAUAACCGUACUUCACGAAGUGAGUCUAGUUAUGGAUUUAGUUCUAAACGGCUUCGUUGAUUUUGAGCGACUUUGUGAAGAUUUUCCCAUGGUCAUGGCAUUCUUUAUGGUAUCGUACGAGUAUUACAACAUAAUAGCCCAAAAGGAGAAUAUUGAGGAGCUUCUCACCGAUUUGGAGGAGACAAUUAGUACAUGGCGGCCUCAGUUCGCAAUGCACUCGUAUAGGAAGACGAUAAUGGGUAAAGCCGUUGACCUUUUGGACAAGUUGGGGCUUUAUAAUAUCAUUUUUGGCGAAUUUUGCGUGUUUAUGUGGGUUGUAAGACCUUUGGUUGUAAGAUCGGGAAAGCUCCCAUUUGGAAAUCCAUGGUUUCCCUUCGAUACACAACGGUAUUACUACUACCUCUGGUUCAUGCACACUUACGUGGGGGUGCUCGGCGGCGGAAACACCAUAAAUGUUCACGUCUUUUACGGAAAAGUUAUGGCCGUAAUUGCAGAAGAGUUCGAUAUUAUUUCGCAUUCUUUUAAAUGCAUUCAUACAGGUCUUGAAAUGUGCAUGGAAGACGAAAUGCUGGAACGAGCUAAACAGUGCAUUCGAUACCAUCAACGAUUACUAAAAAGUUGCGCUAACUUGCAAAAGUGCAUUAAUGGCAUAAUGGUCUGUCAGUUCUGUUUUGGCAUAAGUUUGUGUUUUGCUGCUCUUGCUACAUUUUCGAUGAGUGCAUUCAAUGGCGCAUUUAUUAACUUGGUUAACCAUAUAGUUUUAGAACUUUCCGAAUUGUACUUCUUCUGCUGGUUUUCGAGCAAACUGACGGAGCACGGUCAAAAAAUUUCGCUGGGAAUCUAUCACAGCUGCUGGUACACGAGAGGAGAAAAAAUGAAGAGGAUGUUACGUUUCACGAUGAUGCGAUGCGAUAAGCCCAUCGUGAUCAAAGCUGGUAACCUCUUACCAAUAUCGAUCGGAUCUUACAUAUGGAUUUUGCAACAGUCGUAUUCGUUCUUCAUGGUUUUACGUACAGUUAAGACCUAA